AUGUCCGAUGCACGCAACCCCCGCAUCGACAAUCUCCCUCAACCUCCGUCCAACACAUCUGCCUUCGACACCUCAUCUCCUGGUUCCAUCGAUUUCAAUUUUCCGUUUGGCGGUAGUCCUCAUGGUAGCAGCAACAGUGGUAUUGAUGCCCCGCCAGAUAUCCGUUUGAGCCACGGUCAAGGCUUUCCGGGUCGGGGCUCAAUAGUGGGUUAUUCCUCAAGCAAAAUUCCUAGCCCUCAACAUCGCGCCUCUCUCGCAAGUAUUGACUCCGCCUUCGAUCAUGAUCUUUUUGGCGCUGCUGCUCUGAGUCAGUGGGCUCCCGGGACUGGCAAGCAGCCGCCGAGUAAUGCAGACUCAUCACCGAGAAAAGCACCGAGUACCAAUGAACAAGAAAACAAAAAGGUGCAAGGCGACGAGGAAAAGCCGCCAGCAUGGAGCGAGCUCAAGACAAAAGCAGGCAAAGAGAGGAAGCGUCUCCCUCUUGCUUGUAUUGCUUGCCGUCGAAAGAAGAUUCGAUGUUCCGGUGAGAAGCCGGCUUGCAAGCAUUGUCUACGUGCUCGCAUACCUUGCGUCUAUAAAGUUACCACCAGAAAAGCUGCACCUCGAACGGAUUAUAUGGCCAUGCUGGACAAGCGCCUGAAAAGAAUGGAAGACCGGGUAAUCCGAGUCAUUCCAAAGGACGAACUUCCCGAUUUGGGCGCCACUGGCCGUGGCUCGGUUCGGCCACCUCUGCCGGGCCAGGCACUGAAAAAGGAGAAAGACCAACCCAAGAAACGCUCCGCCGAUGAAGCGUUUACACAAGAGCUCAAUGACUGGAGAAGUUCUCGGGAGAAAACUACUUUGCUCGAUCCGACGGCUGGCCUCCGUAAACAGCGCGACGGCGAGAACAAGCUCUUUAUUGAGGGCUCCGAGUCUCUCCCACCGCAACACAUCCAAGAACAUCUUGCGGAAGUUUUUUUCGACUGUGUUUAUGGCCAAUCUUACCUCCUUUUGCACAAGCCCAGCUUCAUGCGCAAACUAAAGGCUGGCACGAUCCCACCAGUUCUCAUCUUGGCUGUAUGUGCGAUCUCUGCACGUUUCUCAACACACCCGCAAGUUUCCACUGAGCCGGCGUUUCUCCGUGGUGAGCAAUGGGCAACCCCCGCUAGGCGCAUUGUAGAGAAGCGUCACUACGAGCCCAAUAUCACCAUUCUCACAGCCAUGCUUAUGUUGGGUCUACACUACUUUGGAACCUGUGAGGGUGGGCUGUCGUGGUCGUUUGGUGGCCAAGCAAUGCGAAUGGGCUAUGCUUUACAAUUGCAUCGUGAACUCGACCACGAUCCCCUGGGUCGAAACCAGAUUGCCAACUCAAAUGAGAACAAGAAAGGGCCCAAACCACCUGAGCUCUCUUUUACAGAUCGAGAGAUUCGCCGUCGAACAAUGUGGGCCUGUUACCUGAUGGACACCUUCAACUCGUCCGGCACCGAGCGCCCUUCCUUUCUCAAUGAAGACUAUUACCAAAUUCAGUUGCCGAUCAAAGAAUCGCAUUUCCAGAUGGAGGUACCUGGGUCUACGGAAGAUUUAUAUGGAAACGUGCCAAUGUCCAACAGUAAAUCGUCGCUCGACAACAAUACAGGGGAUGUCACUGCAGAGGCGAAAGCAAAUAUGGGAGUCGCUGCUUACAUUGUUCGUGCCGUCGUCCUCUGGAAACGCAUCGUCAAAUAUCUCAAUCUAGGAGGCAAGGAAAAGGAUCCACACCCGAUAUGGGAUCCUUUAUCCCAAUUUGCAACCCUACAACGCCAGAUAUCCCAAUUAAAGGCCUCGCUUCCGGACGACAUAACCUACACACCGGAAAACUUUGCCAUCCAUAUCUCUGAACGUUUGGCGAAUCAGUAUCUCUUUCUCCAUAUCGUCCUGGCGCAAACUUCCCUCUUUCUGCACCGCUUUGCUAUACCCACACAACCCAGCCACAGACCCCAUCACCAUUACUACACCCAACAAGGUAUGCCUAAAGCCUUCCUCACAGCAUCCGCCAAUAUCGUCCUCGAAUCCGCCUCGCUCAUCAGCAAACUCAUCGCCGAUUCGACAGGUCAUACCUUGACCGUUCCUUUCGCGGGGUAUUGUGCCUAUGCUGCCGCAACAGUACAUGUCUGGGGAAUAUUUUCCAAGAACUCUGCUCUCGAGCAGCAGAGCAAGGAGAAUUUACGGCACAACUAUAAGUACCUAACCAGGAUGAAGCGGUAUUGGGGGAUGUUUCAUUAUAUGGCUGAGUCGGUUAAGGAUAUCUAUCGCGCCUUUGCUGACGCCACACUUCGCCACGCCCAUGGUCGACCGGGAUCAAAUGGAAUACCCGGUUCUGGGAUGAGCUUCUUGCGUAGACAUUCCUCUGCCACAGGAGGCAGCGGAACGCAGACGCCCAUGGAAUUGGAUGCCACCGCGGCGCUAACGUCCAAUACCAACCCACCCUCUCGCUCUGAAACUCCAGCAGAUCCGAACAGACCGAAAUCAGAACAAGACAAAUCCAAAACCAUGUUUCAAUAUGGCGAUUGGUUUGACAAGUACCCUCACGGGGUCUCCGAAAGUGAGUGGGAGAAGUCCCAUUUGGAGUACCGCACCGAACACGCCCAGGGCGGCGCCGAGGCAGUCAUGUCUCAGAGAAGUGACCUACAGUCAGUGGAAGAGUUUUUUGCGAGUCUGAGUCCGCCUUCCAAGGCUGAGGAUGGAAGCGGUGGCUUGGCCGGACGGGGAAAGAAGAUUCCGAGAAGGAGAGGGAAAAGUGUCGCUGAGAACAAGAAGGCGGAAAAAGAAGAGAAGGGAGAAAGGGGCAAGAGCAACAACACGUCGAGUUCUGCUGCUGGAGCUGGCCAGUCGAAUACUGGGCAAGACCUGCAAAGACGCCAAUCCAUGUCCCAACAAUCAGUCGGACAGAAUCUUCCAACCACCAGCGCUGAUCUCAGCUUGAACCUCAACGUCAAUCAACCAUUUGAUCUCGCGAGCUUCGAUAUAACAUCUCCGUCACUGUACCAGAACGCCCAAUUCCCAGACCCUUACACCUAUGGUGGUUCACCAACAUCGCCGCACUACAACAACCUCCAUUUCAUAUCCACCUUGCCGGCUAUCGAUAGACAAAUGGUGUUUGGCGCUGCAUACGCUGGGAUGGACCCUACAGGUACCAGCAACACUGGCGGCAACCCAACCACUUCCUCGGCCCUCAAUAAUCUCAACUCGCCCUCUGUAGGGAACUAUGCGAGCACAAAUCCCUGGGAUCAACUCGAUUUGACAACGUAUGGAUUUAAUGAUCCUUUCGCGGGUGGAGGGACUAAUGGGCUGGACACAAGCUCCUCGGCGUGGCUGUUACCGUUUAAUAUCGAACCGCCGAACUUUGGAGGCAGUGGCAUGGAGGAAUUCGGCAGCACCGCGUUGGACGGGAUGGAUUUGAGCGAUCUCGGUCAAGGAGGAGAUGACGUUGGUGGACAGUUUGGUGGAGAGCAAAAUUCGGGCAAUACGUGA